AUGAAUUCCGGCCCUGAAAGGUUGAAGACCGGAAUAUCACCUCCCUUGUCUUCGAUAAUAUUCCAAGAUACGUCACAGAAUCUAUUUAUAAUAGAUAUACCGGCAUCAAUCAGCUUGACCCAGCAAUUACCAGGCAAUAUCAAAAGUUUUCCAUGGUCCAGGAUACCACUAAUAUACUCUUCAGAGGCCAUCGGUAGCCCGUACAGUGGACCAUCCCCCGAACCAAAGACAGCUUUGCGGAGAGAGAAGGUCCUCAAAUACGUCUCUCCUGAAGAACGUGAAUAUCAUGCAUUGAUAUGUGCAUUUGUUGAAGAUGAGAUAGGGAAGCUCCGGGAGAAUUUCCAGGGCCAAUGGUGUUAUAUCAGACAUUUAUUACCGCCUGAUAACGAGGCAGGCUUCCCUUUACUUUCAAAGAUAUACCUGGGUUCAGACGAGCCAGAGUUGGAGUUUAAUCAAGGACAAAACCACCAAGAUCUCACCUCAAAAUCUCCACCAGUUAUUCUUUCACCCGAAUUAAACGCCUUCUCAUCUGGCAGAGACAUUUACAAUGCACUCAUAAAGAACCCUGGUUCAUAUCAAACCACAAUAAAGCUUUCUAGGAUUCUCGACUCGACCAGAGUUGACGAAGACUCUGAUCUGGGGAACCCAAUUCUCUUUCGAAUCCCACCCAAAUCAACCUUUAUACUGACGCAUAUUCAAUCAAGCCUACCAUGUUUAACCAACCCUCUUUCUAUGAUUCCCCCUAGCCAAAAAUUUGACUUCAUCCUUGCGGAUCCACCAUGGCCCAACCGGUCAGCUAAACGCUCAAAACAGUAUAUUACUUUGUCGUUUGAUGAUCUAGAGCUUCUGAUGGGAAAUAUUACACGAAAAUUUCUUACAUCUUCUGGUAUAAUAGCCAUUUGGGUUACAAAUUCCGGAAAGGCACGGCGAGCAGUCGAAAGUGCUUUUCAGGCGGUUGGCGUGAAUAAAGUUGAGGAGUGGAUAUGGGUUAAAACGACAGUUACUGGAGAGAUGGUGACCGCACUUGAUGGGGUAUGGAGAAAGCCAUAUGAAGUCCUGAUAGUAGGGAGAGCAGGCUGGCAAGAGCAUGGUAUCAGGAGGAGGAUUAUUGCAGGGGUACCGGAUAUACAUUCCCGAAAACCAGUGAUAAGGGAGUUAGUUGAGAAGGCCUUUUUUGAUAACGAAGAAUACACCGCCUUGGAAGUGUUUGCGCGCUAUUUAACCGCGGGUUGGUGGGCUGUAGGGGAUGAGGUAAUGAGAUUCAACUGGGAUGGCUGGUGGGCAGACUAG